UGUCACAGGCGUCAAUGUACCCUGUGCAAUUUCAAGAAAAUUCAACCAUCUUCGAACAAUUAAAUUCACUGCAGUUGGUGCAUAUAAAAGUGAACUUCCCCUCAUAUUAUUGGUCUUAAUUGAUCAAUAAAAUAUAUGGACACCAGUGCGUCAUUUUAAAUAAAGAAAUUCAAAAACAAAGAAAAAUGCACUAUGGAGUGAAGUGAGAAUACAUAUUUGUGAUUUUUUGGCACGCAACAACAGUGACACCGGCGGCGGCGGGCAUUUGUGAAAAAUAAAAACGAGAUAAAAUAUACUCGAAUUUUUGGGUGGAAGACGACAGCAGUGUGUGUGUGGCGAAAACCAGAAAUAUUUUCUGUGGAGAAAUAAUGCGAAAAGCGUGAAAAGCAAAAGCAUUCGCAACAACAAUAUACAAAACAAUCGAUUUCAAAAAUUGGAACUAAAGGGCAAAUUAAGUAAACAAAAUACAACAAAACAUUUGACUACGUACUAAACACCAGUACCAACUGCGUAUAUAAACUUUGAAUAAACUAUAAAUCACAUCAUUAAUCCCUUCUCAUACACAUAAUAAAGUUGUGAAUUUCCUUUGCGACACAUGGAUGACGAGUUGGAGGAUAAAGUCUUCUAUCAAGCUUACGUUUCCCACAUGAAGAUUUUAUCAAAAUUCGCUGUGGGCUUUUCGUCCAUCAAUUCGCCAUUGGCGUACAUUUGGAAACUAUGUCGCCUUUAUGUACUACGCCCUGAAGUCAUAUUUUUCGGUGUGAUUCUAUUCAUUUUCUUAAUCUACUUGCAAGCCGUGGAUGCCUGGAGUCGUGGCAUUUUGGGGCGUAUACAGACGACACUUGGCCGUCAGAGGACGAAUCGCAUGAAAAUGACGAGUGAAGCUAGCGGUCAUGGUGAUUAUCAGUCUUGGGAAGAGGUGCGUCAACAGAGUGCCGUCUAUGCUUUGCUGGGACGACGACCACGCAUGGAAGACAGGUGAGUAAAGGCAUACUUAUGAGAUGAAUGAAAACAAUUAUGUUUACAUA